ACGAUACGGACAUAACAAUACCGAGUAAGAAGGAACGUGUUUCAGGGCGUUCUGGGGCUCCUAGGGGAAGCCGUGUGACAGAACAUACAGGAAUUAUCCACCUGAGAACAUUUUCGUGAUUUUUGUGGUGUUAUUAUGUUUCUCUUAAUAUUAACGACUGCUCUUAGCUUUUUUGGAGCAUUUAUACCCAUAAUCAUUAAACCUGUACUGUCACUCCUAUGUAUGAAAUCGAAACAGGAGUCAGUAUUACAAAAUGAGAUUUUGGCCAUUCAGAGAGAAAUGAGCUGCACUUCAGCGAUAGAUGAAUUUGCUAAACAUGCCAGACUUCAGCGCAGACUGAAUAAAGUACAAGAAGAAUUACAGUCUAGGGUAAACGCAAGAUUGUCACAAAAUGUGAAGCUGAAUCUCGUAAUCACGUACGGGGCACAGGUACUCAUGGGACUGUUAAUGCUAUUUCUGAUAUGGAACUACAAGUACACUCCAGUGAUAGUCGUACCUGAAAAAUGGCUUCUUCCUUUCGGCAGCAUCAUCAGCUGGCCCACAGAUACAGCUGGAGGAAUAAGCAUUACAGUAUGGAUAGUUAUUGCUGGAACUGCUGCAAGAAUGGCCACCGCAUCACUUAAGAGUUUAAAAUAAAGACAAAAAGUUCUCUUUGUAAAUACUUUUGUUUUAAUUUAUAUCACUGCAGUAUUUUUAAAUUGUAUGAAGCUAUGGUGAAUAAAGGGCUGUAAUGCAAUAUCAUA